AUGGAUAAUACUGAUAGUGAGAAUGGAAGUUAUUCCAGUAAUUUUUAUACAAAUAUAAAAAGAAGAAAAGAUAAAAUAAACAAAAAGAUGGAAACAGAUGUACUUAUAGUUGGUGCAACUACAGGAGGACUUAUAUUGUCUCUUGAUUUAUUUCGAAAAAAUAUAAAACACAUAAUUGUAGAUUCAUGUGAAAGCAAUAUAGAAAAUAAAAAAAUAAAUGAGCAAUAUCUGCUUUAUCCUAGAACUCUUGAAAUGUUACACGAUUUAAAUCUUCUUCCUGAAAUUUUAUCGAAUAGCUUGAAAUUAACAGGUAUAAAUUUUUAUAUGCAAAACAAAUUAAUAAAUCAAAGUAGUAAAAACUUUUUUCAAAGUAUAAAUGGAAAUAUGCCAUAUAUGCUAAGUAUUAAUAAAAUGUCUCUAAAUAAAAUUUUAUUGAAAAAAAUAAAAUUAAAUGGUUCAAUAAUAUGGUAUAAUACACUAAUAUCACCCAUUCAAAAUCAAUCAACAAAUUUUAUAAACUGUAAUAAUUAUAAUGAACGAAAUAAGAAUACUGAAAACUUAUCAAAAAAUAAUAAAUUAAAAUUCCAUUAUAACAAUGUAAAGGUUAAAAAAUUAUACACAUUACCAUCACUUUUGAAAAAUAGAGAAGUAGAAAAUGCUCUUAUUAAAAAUAACAAAAUGGAAAACAAUGAUGGAAGUUAUAGUACAUCUAAAAAUAUUUCUGACGAAAAAGACAGCACCAUAGACAUCAAUUUAAUAACAUCAAGUAGUAAUUCAAUUCUUUCUAAUUUAUCAAAUAAAAAUAUAACAAGCGAUUUUUCUUUUUAUUGUAGUACUGAUUCAAAUGAUACUCACCCUUAUGGUAAUAGUAAUAAGACAUAUAUUUCCAAUACAAGUUGUUUAAGUAAAUAUUCAUCAUAUAAAAAUAAUAAGUAUAAAAUUGAAGGAUAUAUAAAAAAAAAACAGAAUAUUAAUAAUGAAAAAAAGAAUUCAAAUAUAUUUUAUGAAAAAAAAAAUACUGAAAGAAAUUGUAAUAUAACAGGAGCAACUGUUCGAAUAAAACAGAAUUAUACUUAUUGGGAUAUAGAAAAAAAUAAUUUUAAAAAUUUUAAAAUAAACAAAAAUGAAAAAGAUAAAAAAAAAAAAAAACGAUAUUAUUCUUCUAUUAAUAGUAAAUUUAUAGUUGGAGUUGAUGGAAAACAUUCAUUAGUUAGAAAAUUAUUUAAUAUAAAAAUGAAAGAAAAUGAAAAUAAUGAUAUAGAAUACAUAUCUGCAGAUAUAUGUGCAAAAUGGAGUAAUGAAAUGCAUUAUUAUAAUUUAUCCUUAUUUCAAUCAGAAUAUGGGUUUGUUACUUGUUUUCCCAUAUUUUUCGAUAUUGCAAAUGUUGAUGAAAAUAAUUUUUAUUCUAUCAAUCCAAAAUUUAAAAAUACCAUAAAAAAUAUGAAAAAAGAAUUAUAUAUAAGAAAAAAUAAUAAUACCUAUUCUAAUUCUAAAAAAAUUUUCAACAAAUCAAUCAAAAAAGAAUCCUUCAAAAUUAAUAGUCCACAAAAAUCAUCAAUUAAUACUUUAAACACUUCACCAAUAUAUAAUAAUAAAGACAUACAAAAAAUAGAGAAUAAUAUUACACUUAUAAAACGAUAUGUACAAAACGAGAGAGAUAAAUCAUCAGAAAAAGAAAAAGAAAUAAUCCAUGAUAAAUUAUUACAACGAAAUGAUAUAGAAGACAAUAAAUUCCGUAAUUAUUAUGAUGACAAUAAACAAAAUUUAAAUAACCCAAUUCCAAAACGAAACAGAUUUAAUAAAAGUUACACAAAUGAAAUAUUAGAAAGAGAAAUUUAUAAAAAAAAAAAAAAUUUUAAAAUGAACAAGCCAAAAAGUGUUUGUCAAAAAAUUAACGAUUAUAAUGAAAAACAAAAUAAUAUUUUAAUGAAUAAAUGUGUUGUAGAAAAAGGUGCACUUAAUAUGAGUCUCGAAAAAAAAAAAACCAAAGAAUAUUUUAUUAAUUUUAUCAAAAAAUAUGAAGAAAAAUUUACUUAUUAUAUUAAAAAUUAUGAUAAAAAAAAUACUCCUACAAUUAUUACUAUUAAAGGCAAUGAUAACAAAUUUCAAAAAUAUUUUUCACAAAAAGGUAGAACCACCUCAUUUUCAAUAAAAGAAAACGAUACAAGUUCUAUUUUAAUUAGAAAUAAAAACAAGGAAAUUUUAACAAAUGAGAGUUUAAAAGAAGACACAGAUAAUAACUAUGUUGAUGCAUUAAGUAAUAAUUCUAUGAAUGAAACAAAUAAUCGAACUUCAGAAUAUGCAAAGUUAGGGAUAUAUAAUUGGCAUAUAACUAUAUGUAGAAAAAUAGACAAAUGCUCCCAAAAUAAAUAUUUAUAUCCUAUUAAAAAAUCUAAAGAAAUAAAAUAUAUAGAAGUUAUAAAAUUAAUAAAUAAAAUAUUUCCAAAUACUGAAUUAUAUUAUUUAUAUAAUUUGAAAAUAGGAAUACAUAAAGAUAAAAUAUGCACAAAUUAUUAUAACAAUUAUGUUGUAUUAGCGGGAGAAGCAAACUGUUUUUAUAAUCCACUAUUUAAUGUAAGUGUUAAUCUAACUAUACAUGAUAUAUAUAAUAUAGGAUGGAAACUAAAAUAUAUUAUUAAUCAUGGAUGUACAUUAAUAUUGUUAGAAGGUUAUGAAAAAGAAAGAAAAUAUAUAUCUGAAAAAGUUGUAUCAUGGAAUAGAGAAAAAUUAAAUUUUGUUUUUGUCAAUAAUAAUGGUAAUAAUAAUAUUUGUACAUAUUAUAAUAUACUUUUUUUUAAAUUUUUUGCUUACAUAUUUCAAAAAUUCCCUAUUAAUUACAACAUAUUUGAAAAAUUAUAUUUGAGUACAUUUUUGCUACAACACAAUUAUACUAAUUAUGUUAUUAAUAAUACAAGGAAUAUUUUUUUUUGUAAUAAAAAUAAUAAUAAUAUAUGCGCAGAUAGAGCAAAAAAUUGUAUUUUAAAAUUUAUUUCCUCAUUUAAUAAAAUUAAAGAAAAUAAAAAUGUUUCUUUAUAUGAUUAUUUAAAAAAUCAAAUGCACACACUAAUUUUGUGUAUAAAUAUAUCAAAAAAAGAAAAGCCUAUUUGUAAUUACAUUACCACCCACUUACUAAAAAAUAAAUAUAAUAAAAAAAAUUAUAGCAAUCAAUUUUCUUAUACAUAUGAUAAACUAGCUUUAAAAAAAUUAAUAAAAAUUGCCCGUUUAACUCACAAUAUCAUGGGAAAAAAAGGAACUCAAAAUAACGACAAUAAUUGUAGAGGGGAACCCUUUUUAAAAAUUUUAUGGAUAUUGUGCAAUCAAAAUAAAAGAAAUUUUAUUCAAACUAACACAAAUAUAUGCUCUACUAAUUUUAAUGUAUAUACACGAAAUUUUACUAUUAGCUCUCAUAAUAUACCAAAUGAACUAAUUAAUACUAUAAAAAAUUCAAAAAUAAAAGACCAAGUUAUUUUAUAUGAUUUUAUAAAUGAUUUUCAAAAACAAUAUAAUAUUAACUUUUAUUUACCAAAUAAUUUUAUUUAUCAACCAAAUUUUCAAUCCGCAAUAUAUAUUUUUAUACGUCCAGAUUUUCACAUUACACACAUUAAUUAUGUAAAUGAUGAUAAUCAAAUUGCUUCUUUUCUCGACCAUGUAUAUAAUUUUUAUGGUUAA